AUGAGAUUCUGUAAUCCUCAUGUAUCUCCCUUCAACAUCACAGAAAAAUAUCAGAAUCCAGAUUUGCCAUUUAAACAAGUCAAAACUUCAUUUGAAGAGUUUAUGAGUGAUAGAGGUAUUGUCAUUGACCCUCUGGUGAUCACAGGUGUCUAUGCUUUAACAAAUGGUCACACAGGCUUUACUUGCCUUUGUGGGUGUGCUAUUGAUGAAAAUUUACCAUCAAAAACCUUAAUGAAAGAUGAUAUGAUUAAUAAACUCAAAGAACUUCAUUCCAUGGAAGCUGUAAAGUUUCUUUGCCAAUACCUUCUUGAUGGUGUAAAAUCCACAGAAGUUCCUGAUCAACAUAAUCAUUUGAUAAAAUUCUUGGAAGCAGAAGAUGUUCUUCCAGAAUCAUUUCCACAUGCACAUCAAAGUGAUAAAUAUCAGAAACUUGAUAUCCUUAAGAUGCUUCAAAAAGCAACUGAACCUAUUAAUGGUAAAAGUGGGAGGAAAAUUCCUAGGGAAAGCACCUAUGAUCAGGGAUUAAUAAGAAUCUUGAGAAAUUGGCUUGCUGUUACUGGACAGUGGCACUUAACAUAA